AUGGCAUCAAACUCAAGCAAACAUGAAGAGGGUGGUUCUCCGUCCGAUCAAGUUGAGAAAUCACAAGUGCCAAGUGGGAGCAGUGAAGAGAGAACGAAAACAAUUAGGCACCCUCGAUGGACCAGACAUGAGACCUUGGUCCUUAUAGAGGGCAAGAAGGUUAUAGAAAAUGGGAUUCAAUUUCAAAAGGGUCGAAGAUCGAUUGCUGCCUUGGGAAAGGACCCUGUUGAACCCAAGUGGGAUUUGAUAUCAUCGUUUUGCAGACAGCGUGGCAUGAGCAGAGGACCGGUUCAGUGCAGGAAGAGAUGGAGUAAUCUUCUUGUUGAUUUCAAGAAAAUCAGAAACUGGGAGUCACAGAUUAAGGGAGAGGCAGAGUCUUUUUGGGUAAUGAGGAAUGAUUUGAGGAGAGACAAGAAACUUCCAGGUUUCUUCGAUAGGGAAGUCUACGAUGUCUUGGAUGGAAAAGAUGUGACUGCAACACCAGCAUUUCCAUUGGCAGUGAUAUACCCAGUGCCACUAAAUUCAAUGCCUAUGGAAGAUGCGAGUCAUGAAACUAUGGAGGCAGCUGCAGAAGAAGAGGAAGAAGAACAAGAAGAAGAAGACGCGGAGGAGGAAGAACCUGAGAAAUUUUUCAACAGCAUUCGAAAUGAUUCAACCGAAGAUGGUCUGUUUUCAGAUUUUGAGGAAUCUGGGCAGGAGGAGACUGCCAUAAACUCCAAAAAGGAACAAAAGGUGACAGAGAGUCCAACAAAAACAUCCACAACUCCUGUGUCUACUCCAGGUCCUGUAAAAGGGAAACGAGGGCUAGGGUCAGAUACCCGGAGAGGAUGUGUCUCUCAGGAGAAACAGAAACAGAGGCGGUUGUCAAGAGAUGGAUGUGAAGACAACUGCACUGACCAGCUGAUCAGAGUUAUGGAGAGAAAUAGCAAAAUGAUGACUGCUCAACUAGAAGCUCAUAACAAAAACAGCCAAUUGGAAAGGGAGCAAAACAAGGAGCAUAACAACAACUUACUCACUGCAAUAAAAAAUGUCACAGAUGCUCUGGUAAGAAUUGCAGACAAGUUGUCAACAGAAAAAUCCUAG